AUGUCAUACAAAGAUAAAUCGGUAAAACCUAAAGUUGCUUCUUUUAGAAGAAUACUUUUUUUACUACACAAUCUAUUAAAAGAUGAAUUAGAUAAUCUUGUUAAAUUAAAAAUAAUUAGUCCAGUAAAUAUACCGACCGAGUGGGUCUAUAAUAUCGUAAUUGUUAAAAAAUCGAGUGCUAAAAUAAGAAUUUGUUUGGAUCCACAGCAAUUAAACAAAGCUCUUAAAAGAUCCCAUUAUCCUUUUCCUACAAUAGAAGAAAUUGCUUCUAAAUUAAACGGUUCAAAAUGUUUUGCUAAAUUAGACGCUAACUCGGGAUACUGGAUGUUACCUUUAGACGAAGAAAGCGCUAACAUUUGUACUUUUCAAACACCUUUUGGGCGAUAUACAUUUUAUAGAAUAGAAGGUGUUAUAGUAUUUCAAGACGAUAUUUUGAUACACCCAAUUACCUAA